CUCGCGGCCAGCGCAGUCUCCAUCCGGAAAUACCGCAGCCCUCGUUCCGGAGGGGAAGGCGCGAGGUUUCCGGGAAAGUGGCCCCGACAGCACCGCCCCUCGGCCCCCCGUGGCCAGAGACUAUAAGAGCGGCGCCCGCCUCAGCCUGCACCCAGUGCUGGUGCCCGCUCCGCCGCUGCCGCCGCCUGCACUUUGCCCCGGCCCUGAAAUGGCUUCCACCUGUGCCAAGGCUGCGCUGGCCCUGCUCCUGGCCCUGGUCGCCACUGUGAUCCCUGAGCCUGGUCAAGCUCAGGUAUCCAUCCAUCCCAGAGAAGCCCUCCUGCCUCGGGGCGGGUCCGUGCUGGUGAACUGCUCUUCCUCGUGCACAGAGGACCUCAGCCUGGGCCUGGAGACUCCGUGGCUGAAAGACGAACUGGAAAGUGGACCCAACUGGACGCUGUUUGAGCUGAGUGACGUCCGGGAGGACAGCAGUCCGCUGUGCUUUGAGAACUGUGGUUCCACACAGUCUUCCGCCUCCGCUACCAUCACCGUGUAUUCGUUCCCGGAGCACGUGGAGCUGGCCCCUCUGCCCGCCUGGCAGCAGGUGGGCAAGAACCUCACCCUGCGCUGCCGAGUGGCCGGUGGGGCACCGCGGACCCAGCUCUCCGCAGUGCUGCUCCGUGGGGAGGAGACGCUGAGCCGCCAGCCAGUGGGCGGGGACCCCCAAUACCCCGAGGAGAUCACAUUCACCAUGCUGGCUAGCAGAGGCCACCACAGAGCCAAUUUCUCAUGCCGCACAGAACUGGACCUCAGGCCGCAAGGGCUGGAGUUAUUCUCCAAUGUUUCCGAAGACGUUGGGCCGCUCCGGACUUUUGAUCUCCCGGGUACCAACCUGAAGCUCGACACCCCUGACCUCCUGGAGGUGGGCACCCAGCAGAAGUUGCUUUGCUCCCUGGAAGGUCUGUUUCCUGCCUCUGAAGCUCAGAUAUACCUGGAGCUGGGAGGCCGGAGGCUGACCCAGGAGAGCACAACUGGCAGAGACUUUGUGUCAACUACUGCCUUCCUCGAGGUGACUGAGAAGUUCGACAGAAGCCUGCCACUGCGCUGUGUUUUGAAGCUGGCGGACCAGAUCCUGGAGAUGCAGAGGACCCUGACAAUCUACAACUUUUCAGCUCCCGUCCUGACCCUGAGCCAGCUGGAGGUCUCCGAAGGGAGCCAAGUCACUGUGAAUUGUGAAGCCCACGGUGAGGCGCAGGUGGUGCGUCUGAGCGGUGCUCCACCCGGGCCACCCACCGCGCAGGUCCAAUUCACCCUGAAUGCCAGCCCGGAGGACAACGGACGACGCUUCUUUUGCUCUGCGGUCCUGGAGGUGGCUGGGAAGUUGCUGUCUAAAAACCAGACCGUGAAACUUCACGUGCUGUAUGGUCCUCGGCUGGACGAGAGGGACUGCUUGGGGAACUGGACCUGGCAAGAGGGCUCUCAGCAGACUCUGCAAUGCCAGGCCUGUGGGAACCCUACUCCUCAGCUAACCUGCCUCCGGGAGAAAGAUGGCGCCCCGCUGCCCAUCGGGGAGGUGAAGUCCGUCAAACGGGAGAUGAACGGCACCUACAAGUGCCACGCCGUUAGCUCCCAUGGGAAUGUCACCAGGGACGUGUACCUGAUAGUGCUGUACCACCGCGGUCCGGAUUACUGGGUCAUAAUCAUCGUGGUGCUGGUAGUGGUCACUGUCGUCUCCGUGGGCCUGGCCUUUUACAUUUAUAACUACCAGAGGAAGAUCAGGAAAUACAAGUUACAGAAGGCUCAGGAGGAGGCCAUGAAACUCAAGGCCCAAGCCCCGCCUCCCUGAGCGGCUGACCUCCAACACCUGCCUGGGCCCCUGUAGGGCUACAGCUGCUGCUGCUUUUGGUAGCCAGCCUUCACCCUCACCCACCUCCUCUGGCUGUCACAGGACGCAUUGGUGGCCAGGGGUGGGGGUGUGUGUGUGCACAUUUGUGACCUCAGAGCUAAGAGGACUUGGUGGCUGGAGCAAGACUGUGAACACGUGUGACCUGGACACACCCACGCCCAGUGUGCCUUCAGUGGAGAAAAGCUGACUUCACUCUCUCUUGCCCCUGCUGAGGGGCCCUGCCUAAGGAAGAUGUGAUGUCCAGUAGACACAAGCAAGAAGACCUUACUUCCUCUGACACCGGAAAAUUGAGACAAUGCCCCUAACUCUUCUUGAUGUAUUUAUUAAUUUCUAGAGUUUUACCGGCUAUUUAUUGAGCGCCCUGUAUAGACGGAGUAGUGGGGUGGUGAAUGUAUAAGUUAUUGCCUGAACCCUGUCGCAGAGGCUGCACACACAGGAGUCUGGGGAAAGCACGCGGCCUGGGCUUUCUCCACUGCUCAGGAUGCUUUUCCUAAAGGAUCACAAGUCACACAUUGUGUGGACUAGCAGCAGUUCUCGCUCGUAGACCUCUGGGAUCCCAGUCUCCUCCGGGAUCCCAGUCUCCUCCGCACUCUGGAGUAUCUCAGCACCAGCUUGGGCGCCCCCCUCCCCAACCACAAACAUUCCUACCUUUGUCCCCAGUCUCGGUCACCAUGCCUGUCUUAGUCAGGGUUUCUAUUCCUGCACAAACAUCAAGACCAAGAAGCAAGUUGGGGAGGAAAGGGUUUAUUCAGCUUACACUUCUGCAUUGCUGUUCAUCACUAAAGGAAGUUGGAAAUGGAACUCAAGCAGGUCAGGAAGCAGGAGCUGAUGCAGAGGCCAUGGAGGGAUGUUCCUUACUGGCUUGCUUCCCCUGGCUUGCUCAGCCUGCUCUCUUAUAGAACCGAAGAGCACCAGCCCAAAGGUGGUACCACCCACAAGGGGUCCUCCCCCCUUGAUCACUAAGUGAGAAAAUGCCUCAUAGCUGAAUCUCAUGGAGGCACUUCCUCAAGGGAGACUCCUUUCUCUGAUAACUCCCGCUCAUGUCAAGUUGACACACAAAACCAGCCAGUAGAAUGCCUGAAUAUGGCUGCUCAGCCUUAACUGCCAGACAGUGAAGUCUCGUGUUCAUGAAAUCAUGGCCAGUCCCUGGAGGCCCCCACCCGGCUCCACCUCACAGAGAAAUCCUGGAAGAGAAUGUUCCAACUCCUUAGAAGGGUCCUGCAAGCUGUCGUGGGAGGGUAGGCUUGCCUCCCAGCACAGAAGCCUUUCCUUUGAAUCAAUAAAGUUUUAUGUUGAUCUGA